AUGGCUCUUCACAUCCUCUUCACAUGGCUUUCUCUUUCGCUUCCUCUCCUCCUCCUCCUCCUCCUCCUCUCAGUGAAAAACUUCAACGAUAAAAAGAAGAAUCUCCUACCAGGGCCUCCAUCUCUCCCCAUCAUAGGCAACCUCCACCAGCUCGGCCACUUGCCUCACCAGUCUCUGUGGAAACUCUCCAAACGGUAUGGCCCCGUCAUGCUCAUCCGCCUCGGGAGCAUCCCCACCGUCGUAGUCUCCUCUGAAUCUGCCAGGGAGGUCCUCAAGACCCACGACCUCGAUUGUUGCAGCCGCCCGCGGCUAGUCGGCGUGGGAUGCCUCUCCUAUGACUACCUCGACAUGGCCUUUGUCGAGUACGGCGAUUACUGGAGGGAGCUGAGGAAGUUGUAUGUACUCGAGUUGUAUAGUGCAAAGCGAGUCCAGUCCUUCCGGUAUGUCAGAGAAGAGGAGGUGGGGUCUAUGAUCGAGUCGAUUGCGAUGUCAGCCAAGAGUAGAACUCCAGUUAAUAUAAGCGAGAAAUUCAUGACUCUGACGGCUAACAUCACUUGCAGGGUCGCAUUUGGAAAGGCGAUUCAGGAGACGGAGUUCAAAGAAGGGAGUUUCAUGAAUAUGAUUCACGAGGCAGUGGCGAUGUUGGAAAGCUUUUCGGCAUGAUUUUUCCCUCGAUUUGGCUGGAUUGUGGACAGGUUCACGGGGCUCCAUUCGAGGUUGGAGAAGAGCUUUCGCAAUUUGGACGUUUUCUAUCAGAAGGUGAUCGAAGAGCAUCGUAAUGCGACUAAGAGGCACGAGCAGGAGGACAUGGUCGAUUUGCUGCUGAAGAUGGUGAGGGAUCAGACUGAGCUUGCCUAUGGUGUCGACCUACUGAGCCGUAUCCAGGUGAAUGCAUGGGGCAUCGGGCUGGAACCAAGCCUGCGGGAGUGCCCGAAGGAGUUUGUGCCUGAGAGGUUCGAGGACAGGACGAUCGAUUACAGAGGGAAUCAUUUCGAGCUAUUGCCAUUCGGGGCGGGGCAGAGAGGAUGCCCCGGGAUGUUGAUGGCAAUGGCGAUGAUCGAGCUAGCGCUCGUCAAUGUCUUGCAUUCCUUCGAUUGGGAAUUGCCGGAGGGAAUGACGGAGGGAGAUGUAAGUAUGGAAGAAGGGGCUGGCCUAGUCGUGUCCAAUAAAGUGCCUCUCUAAUGCCGAUAAAGGAAUCGCAUGAAACCGAUGCAUGAUGAAAUCGUUGUUAGACGGAACCCAUCAUAUCUCUCACGACCUUUUAUAUUAAUUAUAAUCAAGCCUCUUAAAGUUAUGCUGUACAAUGUU